AUGGAGGGACUGCCGAAACUGCCGGGCAACGACUUCGCCAACCGACUGCGUCAGAAGCACCACGUACCACAGAGUUUCAAGUACAUCAACGGUUACCCGAUUCCGGUGCGCCCCGAAUGUGGUCUUGGCGGUGAACGGCUGCACGAGGAUUCGAUCCAGUUCUGCUCCACCGGGAACGGCAAUGAUACCGUGCUGUACGAUCCGAUCCUUACGUACGGCCGAGUUCGCCACCUGCCCGUCAAACCCUACCAGCCUCACUUUGUGUUGUUCGACCAGAAAACGCUCAACUUUAGUGCGUUUUUCCGGCAGGCGGUACCGGAGUCGGCCACUGAAACGUACCGCAUCCGGUACGUGAACAUACUGUACUUUCUCGAGGAUGACACCAUGACGGUGCUGGAACCGACGAUCGAAAACUGUGGCUACCCGCAGGGUCGGUUGGUACGACGAGGCAGAAAGCUGAAGGUUCCGGCCGAACGCGAUGAAUUCUACACGUGGAAGGAUCUGAACAUCGGCAUCAACGUGGAGAUGCAUGGCUACGUGUUUCACAUUACCGAUUGCGAUGCGUACACGAAAGAGUUUCUGCUUAGCAACGGCAUUGAGUUAAACGAAAUCGAACUGUUGCCACCGGAUCCGGCCAUGAACGAGCGCUCCAUCAGCCAGCGUCAAUCGUUCCGCCACCACAAGAUGUACCCGGCGACGGACGAUAAGUUACGGAAGUACCUCGAGUACCAGGGCAAGGUGUUGCACUUCGACUGCGUGCUCGAUGACCGCGACCGUGAAGGUGGCGAGCUAAUGACGUACAAAUUGUUCUACUAUCUCGAGGACGAUACCGUUUCGAUCAAGGAGCUGAAGGAGAACCAGGAAGGCCGAGACUACUUUCCGAUGUUGCUACGGAAACAAAAACUUCCGAAAAACUGGAAAGAAAAUCCCGUGUCUCAUCCAUCGAUAUUCGUCGAAAAAACGGACCACGAAGUGUCGGAGUACUACUCCCCGAAGGACCUCACCGUGGGUAGCACCAUUUUCGUGUACGGCCGCAAGUUUCUGCUUCUCGACUGCGACGGUUUUACGCGCAGUUACUACGAAAAGGCACUAAAAAUCGUCCAACCAGGCCGCGUAACGUUGGAUGCCCCUGCACCACGCACACCGCGCUUGGAUGUUCCGCAGUACCUUGGACUGGGUACACCGGAGGAUUCACUAGCAUCGCACCACAGCCUGGUGCCGAAAAGUCCGAAGAAGGAUGUUGUGACAUAUCUGGUGAACGUGAACAAAUUUCUGCGGUACGGUUGUGUGCUUGAUACGGCCCAUCCGGAGGACAAGGUGCGCCGGUUCGUUCUGAGCCUUUCACUGGCCGAUGGCACCAUCCAAAUCAUGGAAACGACCAUCAAUAAUUCGGGCAUCCGCGGAGGGCGUUUCCUUUCGCCACGCAAAGUGUGGCUUCCGGGGUGCGAUCCAAACGAACCGUCGUAUUACACGGCCAAGGACCUCUACAUCGGCGCCACGAUAGUGGUCUUUGCGCACCGGUUUCGCAUCGUUAGCGCCGACCUGUACGUAUACCGGUACAUGCAGGCCCAUCCGGAAAUGUUUGCCCCGAUCGCGAUCGACAGCGUGCGCAGCUACCUUUUGGCCGAGGGCCACCUGAACGACGAUUUGCGCAACGCAACGGAUGAGGAGUACCGGAAACUGAUGGCCGAGACGUCCGCUGAGCCACCCGUUGAUGAGGUACAACAAAGGCUUGCCGGGUUCGAAGUAUCCAAACCGGGAGCGACAUCACCCGUACCCGUCAUCGCAUCGUCACCGGCCCCGAAACCAACUGAACCAGUGCAACACCCAUGUCCGCAUCCGAUCAUACCGGACGAGGAAAUAAGGAAGGCGUAUCACACAAACGAACCCGAAGAUUUGGCCCUCCAGGCGUACCGCGAUUCUGAAGCUAAUCCGACGCCAGCGUCACCAACGCAUUGUGACGCCAAAGGCAAGAAAACUGUACGUUUCCAGGACUCCGAGGACUAUUAA